AUGAUGCUUGUUUAUGAAUAUUUGCUUAAUACUAGCCUUGAUACCUUUCUAUUUGGUAAAUUGUGGGCUUUGGCACAUUUGUCUUUUGCAGACUUAUCCAAAUCCUUUCAAGAUAAUGUGGCAUAUUCAGUUGUUAAGCAGUAUUUUGUUCAUGUUGAUGAUACUGUCCCUCAAAAGAUUGUUGUUCAUAAAAAUAGCCCAAGAGGGAUACACUUUCGACGUGCAUGUUCCCAUCAGAAGGUGAUCACUCAGACACAUGUAGUUGGGAAUGGUAAAAAUCAUGUGAACAUUACCGACAUGUCCUUGGAUGUUAUUCAGGUGUAUUUCGAGUCAGAUGAAGUCCAUGCAUGCAUUGUAACAUGUGGGGGCCUCUGCCCCGGGCUUAACACAGUGAUUAGAGAAAUAGUAUGUGGUUUGCACCAAAUGUACGGAGUCAGCAAAAUUCUUGGAAUAGAGGUGAGUUACUACAAGAAAAAUAGGCAUUACCGGCAGCCAAAACCGCCUCUAAAAGUCCAAAAAACCGCCGGUAUAAGAAUACCGGCGGUCGUAAAAGUCCAAAAAACCGCCUCUAAAAGUCCAAAAAACCGCCGGUAUAGGCAUUACCGUAAAAAUGGAUAUUUACCGGCACUUAUUAUCAUUUACGGGCGACUCUGCUGA